AUGAAGCUUACAGCACCCUUCCUCGCUCUCGCAGGCUCCCUGGCGAUUUUAGCUGAGGCUGCUUCCAUCGAGCCUCGCCUCGUUGGUCGCUUGAAAUAUCCGCAACCUACCGUUGAUCCGUUCUACAGAGUCCCUAGCAACGUUGCAUCCUACACCAAUGGCGCUAUAAUUCGCGAGCGCGACAUCACAGCAGAUGUUGCGCUAGGUGUCGACUCAAACCAGUACUCCAAGGUGUACCAACUGCUGUAUCGCUCUCAGACCGGUCUCGGAGCACCAGAUGCGACCGUUACGACCGUGUUCCGACCCAAAUCUCCCAAAAAGGGCGCAGCGCAGGUCGUGACGUUUGCCGCUUUCACCGAUUCUGCUGCCAAGGAUUGUGCGAGCUCGUAUGCGCUGAUCAAAGAUUCCGGCAGCCAGCAAGACACGAUCGUCAAAUUACAGACCCCCUUCAUCAACGCGCUUCUGCAGAAGGGAUACUACGUGAGUCGUCGAGGCCGAGCCUUCAAGAUGUUUGGCGCCUAAUUGGCUAGCACUUCCAUUCAUUUGCAGGUAUCCGUCCCUGAUUAUCAGGGCUCGCAGGCAGCGUUCAUCGUGGGCCCUCAAGAAGGUCGGGCCCAUCUCGACUCCACGCGCGCCAUCCUCAACCAUCGGCCCACUAUCGCCGAUCCUACAGGCCACCAAGCGAUUCUGUCCGGCUACAGUGGUGGUGGUCAUGCUGCAGCCUGGGCUGCCCAGCUGCGCAAAGAGUACGCGCCCGAGAUCAACGUUGUUGGGGGCUCAUUUGGUGGCGUCCCAGUAGACCUCAAAGCGACGCUGCUGAAUCUCAACAAUGGCGCGUUCGCUGGCUUCGGCAUGGCCGGGCUCGCCGGGGCGGCCAAUGCUUAUCCAGAGCUUGUGACUCUUUUCGACGGAGAACUAAAGCCGAACGGCACCGAAGCCUUCAAGUUCCUCCGGUCUGAUCAGGGUUGCGUCGUCGGCGAGCUAGCCAAAUUCGCCGGCGUCGACUACUUUGGCUACAUCAAAUCUGGGCAGGCGCUUCUGGACAACCCUACGGCCAAGAAAUACUUCGAAAUCAAUCGUCUGGGUUCUCGUGGUGCUCAAGACUAUCUGGGCUCCGACAUUCCCUACUACAUUUAUCAUGCCAAGAACGAUCAGGUCAUUCCAAGACCUCCAGUUGACGAGUACGUAGCUUCGCAGUGCGCACAGGGGGCGCGCAUCGAAUACUCUCUCAAUCCGGUCUCCGAACAUGUAAGCGAGACGGUGGCUGGGGUGGCUGGCCAGGUCGAUUGGAUUAACAAGGUGUUCGAAAGCAAGCUGGUGCAGCCCGCUUGCCUCAAUUCCACCCACUGA